AGAGCUGAACCAAAAAGCCCAGGGUUCGCGUUUGGCGCCUCAACGGAGGUCGACGGUGCCGUCAAUGGCGACGAUGGCGCGCAGCGCGGCGAAGCCCUGGCGCAUCAUCCCCCGUCCCCUCCUCGAGACCAUCCUCAACAACCAUGCCUACCACCCCGUGGUUCCCCAACCUCUCCUCCUCCACGGCCCUCGUGGCGUCGGCAAGACCUCCCUCAUCCGCCAUCGUCUUCUUAAUGAUUGGAACAAAGGCCCCCAUGUUGCUGGCUACGUGGACUUCUCCGGUGGCGGUGGUGCUAUCCCUUGGGCUGCUUCACAGCCGAGGGAUCUCAGAGAGCUUCGUGAUGCUCUGGAAGGUGAGAUCGAGUCCAUGGUGGACCGCGGUGUUCGUCUCGGUGCUAUCGGCGCGCGUGGAGUUCUAUCUGUUCUUAAUCGGCGGCUUGGCAUCCUUUCCGCUCUCCGGAGGCUCACUAACACUGAUCCUAGCUCAAAAUCGUCGUCCAUUACUUCUCUAUGGAACAAGGCUGUGAUAGCGAGGAUGCGGCUGGUGGAUAUCGAGGAGUUGGAAGGGGGGCACUCGAAGGAGGAGGUGGCGUACAUGAAGGAAGCGGCGGCGGCGCUUAGGGUGGCGAAGGAGGUGGUGGAGCUGCAUCAGGAGUGGAGGAAGGAGGCGGUGAGGGAACUCAAUCGGAAGGGAGGCUUCUCGAGGUCACUGGCACAUUCAGUUACUGAUUGGCCGUGCUUACUGCUCGAGAUUCUCUCUGGAGCUGCAGAAAGUGAUCUCUUCCAGCCAAAGCUGGUAAUAAACAACAUUGAUAUUCUUCGGAAGGCAUUCCUGACGGAUGAUUCGUCUGUGUCUGCGGCAAUGUACCAUGAUAGUUUCUUGUGGAGAGUGAUAGCCCUGGGUGUGAAUGAGAGGUGCUUGCCUGUGUUCCUUGUAACAUCAGAUAGCUAUUAUUCAUAUCAAGUGUUCAUCGAUUUUGGAUUUCCAGACAUAUUUCUUUCACGUGAGACAUAUGGCUGGACUCGUCAAGAAGCUAAACUGCACAUGGUACCUGAUUUCUUCAGUGAAUCUGAGUGGAAAGUAAUCGAUGAGGUUCUUGGUCCAAGUCCACGGCAUCUUUCUGAGCUGUAUUCUCUCAAGCAAAAUGCUCAUGAUCAGGGGAUUAUGCAGGAUAGCAGUAGUUUUGAGGAUGUUGUUGAUGCCUACUUGGCUUAUUUGCAACAGGUGUCUGUGGUGAACCCUGCCAUGGAGUCAGCCUUAGUGAUGCUGCAAAAAUUUGUUUGUGAUGUUCAUGAUGGAAAAAUUCCAGAAAAUAGAUUGCCAUUUGGUUCUCCCUGGAGACAUCCACCUCGCUCGAGUGAUCCAGCAGUUUGCAUGGAGUGGGCAAAACUUCAGCUAAUGGAUUUUGUUCAAUCCUUUGUAAAUGCUGAAUUUGGGGUAAAUUAUUUGGCGGAUUUUAGCCUUGAAAUUUUGGAAGAUCCUUCUGCUGUUGCUAUGCUAGAGGUUGGUUUGCUUUAUAAACAGCGAGAUCCAUCUUUCUUUCGUCCUAUAACUAGAGGUGUUCAGAGGUGUCUUGCCAGAUGGCUUGUCCAUGAAAGGAUGCAGAUGAACCUUGGAGACUAUACAGCAUUCCUAUGGCAGCGCAUUGUGCGUGGUCGGAGUUAUCGCCAUUUGAUGAAAGAAUUAGGCUAUAAGUAGACCAGGCGAUUUUGAUUUUUGCUGACAGAGAUAAAAGUUUGGUUCUCAUCAACUUGAAUUUUAAAUACUAAACCAUGGAUAGCCUUUGAAGUUUCUGGUGGAACUCUCCAAUAUUAACCAUAAUUCCUCUAUGAAAGGUGGAGGUGGAGUGGAAGCGAGCUUCUGCUUAUUCAUUGGUGCCGGAGUCCAGAUGGUUGCCUUCUUGGCAUGGUGUGUUUAUUCAGCAAUAGCUUGAUGAACCUUUCUCUGCAGAAUAUUUUCUGAGAUCAGGGAUUGAAGGUGCACCUAAACCCCACAAAGUAUUAUGGCAUUCCAAAUAAUAUCUGAAAUCCUAUGAACAAUUUGAGCUUGGACUGUUGACAAAACAUUUGUUAAUGUUUCACUCUACGUUAUUUCUUCCUCAAAGCUCAAUGCACAUCUAACUGUUAUUUGUGAUUCUCCUUUUCAAAGUUUCAAUCUUGUGAUUCCUCAAGUGCUAAUGCUAUUUAUUUAAGCCACUUGUAUUUAUUUGUAUCAAUUCUGUAUUUAUUGAGAGAUCCAUUGUGUAGAAUCUUGUCUACUUUUUGUCUACUCUCAAAAAGUAGAUCAUGGCAUGACAAUAGAGUACUUUGUCAAAACAAAAAAGCUUUUUUUUUUUU